GCCUGGAGGGGUUACACAGACAGAGCCACCCAGGAGCCGGGCUCGGCAGCAUGGACGCUGAGGCGCCUGUUGCUCGGACCGCCGGCCCUCCUCACGGACACGUUUUCUGCAGCGAGAAGUGGAGAAGUUCGGACCUGAUCCGAGGCUUGAGAGGUGGAGGCGUGAAGAUCCUCUUUGAGAAUGAACUCGGCGUGGUGGAUUUUCUUCUGCCCAAUAAAAGCAGCGUCCUGUAUGUGUCUGAGUGCGACAUCAUAGCAGGAAACGGCUACAAGAGGAAGCUGGUUCGCUACAGAAAUACGAGCAGCAGCUUCCAGGAGCUGGUGUUGGUGGAGAAGAGCCGGAUCAGUGAGCAGUACUUCGCUGCUGUGCAGAGCUUUGUGGUGUUGGACCUGGGCCUGGCUCUGCUGCCUGUCAGCGGGCAGACUGGUGCCUCACAGCUCAUCACUCAUAUUGUUCUCAGUGAGAGUCAAGAGAACCCCUUCAGGAGGAGGAGUGCAUGUUGUCUGUUCGAGCCGCUGGUCAUGGCUGUGGUCCAGAAGGUCCCUGGGGUGGGCAAGGUCCGAGCCCGGGCCCUGCUGCACAGCUUCUCAAGCAUCCAGCAGCUGUGCAAUGCCACCGUUGCUGAACUGGCACCUAUCGUGGGCAAGGCUUGUGCUCAGCGGAUCCACAGCUUCUUCCACCAACACAUGGUGACCGGAAGUUAAAGGAGCCUGAACUUUUCUAAUGACUGCUGGACCAGCACCAAAAACUUGAAGAAACACUUUGGUCAACACAGACACACUUAAUAGAAUUUUUUUGAAGAAACUCCAACUUGACAAUUUUAUUUAAAAUGUGCAAACAUUAAGAAAUGAUAUUGUUUACUUUGAACUAUUUGGCCAGAUGUGUUUACGAUGUGUCAAUGCCUGGAAAACAUAUUUUCUUUAAAGACCUUGUCCAAUAAAAAUCCUUUUUUUUUUACUAUGUUGACAUAUAUAUAUAGUUUUUUACAUUCUAAAAGACACCUCAUUAGAAAAAAAUGCACUCAGUUUCAUUGGUGCUUUUUCCAGUUUGAACUGCUAUGUAGUAAUGACAGGAUCAAAAACAAACCAAAGGAAUUAGUCCCGUCAACUUGCAGGGUAGGACUCUCUGUACCUUUAGUCCUGGAAACUGGUUUCCAGUUUGAACAUGUUUGACUGAAUUGCUUCAAUAUUAUAACUUGCCAUUGUGUAGUAGUAGCAGCACACUGUUUGAGCAGAGUCCUAGGUGAUGGUGUGCUUGAGCUGCAGCGAGCUGUGAGAGGUGGCUGAAGAGUGAGGCGAGAACUCCAUAGACCUGCACAUUCUAGAGUGUAUCUGUAUCAGAGGAGGAAUAUCAGGUGUUAGGUGCUUGGUUGUCAACCAAAUUGGACCAAAUGUGAGGUUGAGCUGAUGAUGGUUGCACAUGAAAUGAAAAAUGAAAAAUACUUAAUGUAUCCCAGAAGGGAAAUUCAACAUGGAAAGUCUUUCUGCAAUUGAUCCUGAGUAACAUAAAUAUCUGUAUCAAAUUUCACAGCAGUCUGUCUAAAAAUUAUUUAGUAGAUAUUACUGGCACAUACUGUACCUAAACUGGAGAACAUAAAUGUCUAGGAAAAUGGUCUAUCCAAAUCCAUCAAUUAUUUCACAGAAUAAAUGAAAGUUCUGACCCACCAAGAGCACUACGUGAAGAGUCAGAGAACCAACAAUGUCUUCAUCCUCAGGGCACUUUGAAUCUCUGUAGGAAUUUUCAUGGCAGUCCAUCCAAAAACGGCAAAUGUAAACCUCAUGGUGAAAUAUUCAGGGAUCACCAGCCAUGCUUCAUCCUUUGGAAAACAUUACUGUCUUGUCUGUAAUGAGGUUUGUGGUAACUUGUCCAAAUAUUGUAGCUGGAGCACCAGCAGUUGGACCACAGAGCCCCUACCAGCAGCUCUGCUGCAUGUGCUGCUCAGGAAGCUACAAAUGGAGAGUUUGGAAACUGACUUGUGUUUGAUGAUUGUUGCAUUAUGAUUAACAUUUGUUAUUGUGGCAUAUUUUUCAUUUUUGCACUCUGGAAUAAAUAAACUUCGGUGCCAUCUGUG